AGCAAUCGAAGAGUCUCUGCAGGAAGAACAGAAAAAAAAAAUGGCACUGAGGGCAGCCGUUCUUCGCCAUGUUCGAGUUCCAGUCCGAUUCUUUGCCCUAGCUCGCCGAGAAUGCCAACCGGCGUCGUGUUCCGCUGCGUCGCUCCGGCUAUUUUCAUCGCACGAUGAUCACUUGUCCAAGGAGGAGGUUAUUGAGAGAGUCCUCUCGGUUGUGAAGUGCCAUCCGAAAGUCGAUCCGUCCAAGGUGAGCCCUGAUGGUCAUUUCCAGAAAGAUUUGGGUUUAGACAGCUUGGACACUGUGGAGAUUGUAAUGGCCCUGGAAGAGGAGUUCAAGCUAGAGAUUCCAGACAAGGAGGCUGAUAAAAUCGAUUCCUGUAAUCUUGCAAUCGAGUACGUAUACAACCAUCCAAUGGCUAGUUGACAAAGUACUAGCAUCUUUCUCUUUAUUUCUUUUUUGGUUUUUUGGAGUAUGUUAUCGAGCCAAUGAAUAUUCAUCUCUACAUCGUUGUUUCGACCCUUCUUGGAUGCUUGUCAAGAGUCGUGUUCUUCACACCGUGAUGAAAAAUAAUUGCAACUGCCUGGAACAUAAUCAUUGUGUCCAGACAAAUUUUCAGGGCGUACAAUGGUUCUAACUUUAAGCA